CCAGAGCGAAAGCGCCUCGGACACGCGGGAGCUCCAGCCCGUUCUCUCUCCGCCCGGAUUCUGCUCGCUUUCUCCAACCUGGCAAAAUCCUCCCUUCCCCAACUGCUCCAACCUUUCGAACUCCCACGCCUCUCCCCUCCAAUCCUUCCUUGCUUCUGGAGUGCAGCACGACCUUGGUCAGGUCCUCUGGCUUUUUUUCUCUCAUAGUUCGAAAUGGCUCCCAUCACGGACGAGACCGUCGACGGUCUCAAGAACAUCAUCCACAAGCUCGAGGCGCGCGUUGAGCAAUUGGAGCAGCGUCUCACCCAUGGCGGCGAGAGCUCCAAGCCCAGAUCCGUCGCGGAGCAGAUGCGCAUGGUUCUGAUGGGUCCUCCUGGUGCAGGCAAGGGAACUCAGGCGCCCAGAAUCAAGGAGAAGUACUGCGUUUGCCAUCUGGCCACUGGAGACAUGCUGCGCGCCCAGGUGGCCAAGAAGACCGAGCUUGGAAAGGAGGCCAAGAAGAUCAUGGACCAGGGUGGCCUUGUCAGCGACGAGAUCAUGGUCAACAUGAUCAAGAGCGAGCUGGACACCAACAAGGAGUGCCAGAACGGUUUCAUUCUGGACGGCUUCCCUCGAACUGUUGCCCAGGCUGAGCGUCUGGAUGAGAUGCUCAACGCCCGCAAGCAGCAGCUCCAGCAUGCCGUCGAGCUGCAGAUUGACGACGCUCUGCUGGUCGCACGGAUAACGGGUCGUCUCGUUCACCCUGCCUCUGGCCGAUCGUACCACAAGAUCUUCAACCCCCCCAAGAACGACAUGGUUGACGAUGUCACCGGCGAGCCUCUGAUCCAGCGCUCCGAUGACAAUGCCGAUACGCUGAAGAAGCGUCUGGCGACCUACCACGCCCAGACCGCCCCCGUCGUCGAGUACUACAAGAAGACGGGUAUCUGGAGAAAGAUUGACGCCAGCCAGGAGCCCGACCGUGUGUGGAAGAGCCUGCUGGGAGUUUUUGGAGAGAAGGACAACAGCAUCCUUGGAAGAAUUGGCUUGUCCAACUAAACGACCUUUUGCCUUGGUUUCUGCCCCGUAAAUCGGGACUUUGCGUCGGGAUGAGAGACAGCCCUUAUCUCCUUUCUCCGUCGGGGCGGCCUGGAGAUUUUGGCCUAAAUGAGUUCACGAUUGUGUCAUGCGGAAAAGUCCUGUUUGCCAGUCCUCGUCCC